AUGCUCACACGGAGUGUGUGGCUGCGCUCUGCGCACAAGAUGGAGGUGCCGGCUUCGGUGCGGCAGCUGUUCCAGUGGUACCCUCGCAAAGGCGGCGAGUUCCUCGGUGACAUGCUGGCCGGCCACAACGUCUUCAUCGCCGACAUCCCGCGCAAGUUCAACGCACAGCAUGCGCGCCACUUCUCCCUCGUCGAGUCGCUCUGCAUCACACCACUCUUCACGCUGUCGAUGGUGCACUACUUCUCCAGCUUCUUCCUCUACCCGGCGCAGCGGAAGGUGAUACCGGUGCUCAUGACAGAGCUCACCCAGAAGACGGAGACAAUGCAGCAGUGGCUGGACGUCAUGGCGAAGAAGUCGCCUGCGGAUGCGAUUGCGUGGCGUGCGGCAAUGGCGCUGACACAAGUUGUGCUCUUCCCUGUGUGGCUGCUGCUGUCCUCCUUCGCCCCGCAGCUGAUGCACGCCAUGCUGGAGCGCACAAAUCACAUCACGUACCAGAAGUGUGCGUGCAUAAACCAAGAGGCGCCGCCGUUCGUGGAGGCCGCCAUGACGCAGGCACGUGAGGCGGAGGCGUUCCACAGCCAGCAGCUGAGCAUCCCCACGGAUUACUGCGCCGCCCUUCUCAUUGUUCUGUUGGUGUUGUACUUGACGUCGUAG